UUUAACCAGCCAGAGAUAUAAAUAGGCUCCACUUUCUCCAACAGCACACUCAUUAUCAAGACGAACAUAAUCUCUAGUCAAGAAACGACACUGCAGCAGAGCAGACAUUUCUCCAAACAUGUCGUCUCUGCUGGCGUUUCAAUUUCUGCUGAUUUGCCUGUCAGCGGAAAUGAUCUCCUGUGAAUCAGAUGAGGUGACGCCUACAUAUGAGGCUCGAACCUGCAAAGAAAUUCGAGAGAAGUACCAUCAAAAAACAGACGGCCUGUACUACCUGACAACGGACAGUGGGGUUGUCUACCAGACCUACUGUGAUAUGACCACUGAUGGAGGCGGCUGGACUCUGGUGGCCAGUGUGCACGAGAACAACAUGUAUGGGAAGUGCACUGUAGGUGACCGCUGGUCCAGCCAGCAAGGUAAUGACAUUAAUAAGCCUGAAGGAGACGGAAACUGGGCUAACAAAGCAACAUUUGGAACUGCAGAAGGUGCUACUAGCGACGACUACAAGAAUCCUGGGUAUUAUGACAUCAAGGCUCAGGAUGUGUCUGUGUGGCACGUUCCCAAUAACGCCGAGAUGCAGGAAUGGAGAUGCAAUUCCAUCUUACGCUACCACACCGACAAUCACUUUCUCGAUGACAAUGGAGGAAACCUCUAUAACUUAUUCAAGAAAUACCCAGUGGUGUAUGGAACUGGUGUUUGCCGUACUAAUAAUGGACCUUCUGCACCGGUGGUGUACGAUUUUGGAAAUAAACUUACUAACAAGAAUUUCUAUGGUCCCAACUCAAGAGGAGAGUUUGAGCCUGGAUUCAUCGCUUUCAGAGUUUUCAACAAUGAGAGGGCAGCCAUGGCCAUCUGCUCUGGAGUCAGACCGACCGGCUGCAAUACAGAGCAUUACUGUAUUGGGGGAGGAGGGCAUUUCCCCGAUGUGGCACCGAGAGAGUGUGGAGAUUUUCCCUGUUUUGACUGGAACGGCUACGGGACUAACACAGAAUGGAGCGCCUCCAAAGAGAUCACUGAAGCUGCUGUGUUUCUGUUCUACCGCUGAGAUCCAGAUCACUUCAGACAACUUCAGCUCUAUCAUUUUCUAUCUUUCUUUAUCUAUCCUUUAUUCUACAGAUUAUAUAGUAAAAUCGUUUCUUAAUAGGUGAUGGUAACUCUUAUGUAGAAUUAUAGAUAUUACAACAUUGACAUUAUAAAACUGAUUAGAAGCAGGCUCCAAAUACAUGUUAGCUACAUUAGCCUCAUAACAACAGUACUAAUUAGUGAAUUAUAAACUCCAAAUAUAUGUUAGCUACAUUAGCCCCAUAACAGCAGUGCUAAUUAGUGGAAUAUAAGCUCCAAAUACAUGUUAGCUACAUUAGCCUUAUAACAACAGUGCUAAUUAAUGUAAUAUAAGCUUCAAAUACAUGUUAGCUACAUUAGCUUCAUAACAGCAGUACUAAUUAGUGAAUUAUAAACUCCAAAUAGAUGUUGACUACAUAUUACCCUUAUAACAGUACUAAUUAAUGUAAUAUAAGCUCCAAAUACAUGUUAGCUACAUUAGCCUCAUAACAACAGUACUAAUUAAUGGAACAUCAGCUCCAAAUACAUGUUAGCUACAUUAGCCUCAUAAUAACAGUGCUAAUUAGUGGAUUAUAAGCUCCAAAUACAUGUUAGCUACAUUAGCCUCAUAACAACAUUGACAUCUUCUGAGGUAAAUGCUUUCACUACUUGACAGAUAGCUACAUUAGACUCAUAUAUCUAGCGCUAAUUUGUAGGUUAUGAACAGUUCUAUUACUUGUUAGCUAUAUUAGCCUCAUAAUUCUAGUGCUAAUAAGUGAGAUACAACUUUCACUACUUGUUAGCUAACUACCUAAAUAUCAUAGCUCUAUUGCUAUAUUGUGAUGUAGAAGCUUCCUCUAAUUUUUCGCUAGUUAUAUUAUCUUUAUAGCACCAACACUAAUGCGGUGAGGUAUACGCUAACACUUUUUAGCUAGUUGUUAGCUACAUUAGCCUCACAGCUCAAGAGAUAAUUUGUGAUGUACCAAAUCAUACUUGCCUCUAGGUGCAGUAAAAAUGGAGAUACAAGUUUUUUUUUUUUGUGAAAUUGAUUAUAAGUAUCUUGUGUCUUUACCACUAAGAAUCUUCCGACAGUGAUGAAGCUGUGCCAAUGUUUCCCAUCUCUCCUGAAAUCCCUACACAGUUUUAACUUCACUCCAAAACCUAAAGAGUUACAAUAACCAAGAAAGGAUUUUCUAUGUUUUCAUUUUGGGAUUUACUCUGUACUGAAUCAAAUAAAGCAUGAUAAA